AUGGCUGAAAGCGCCAAACGUAUGUGGUCACCGGACGAGCUUGAACCAAGUCUUGGUGACUCCUUGGCUAAGAAGGUUUGCUUAGCUCCAGCGCUUGAGAACGACGCGGAUGCUCCAAUUGAGAUUCCGGUGGCUGCGACUGCUGAGGUCACGACUUCUGAAGUCUCUUCUCUUGAGGCCUCGACUCUUGAUGACUCGAUUGUUGAUCUCUCGACUCCUGAUGUCUCGACUGGGGACGGCUUCAUUGCUGAUGUCUCGACUAAUGAUGUCUCCACUGCUGAGGUCUCGACGGUUGAAAUACCAAAUGAUGAUUCGAGCAUGGAUCUGACUAUUGACUUGACUAAACCUCUUGACUUGUCUACUCGUCCUCCCCGACGAAAAGCUUCCAUGGUUAACAAGCAGCAAAAAGUCGUGAAAAAGUACCGCCCACCGCUCAUCUUGUUCCCCAAGAGUCGAGCGGAUCGAGGAAACAAAACUUCCACUCCGAAGGCUUCGCGAUCUGAGCUGUCCAAGAUGCGAGCCGAAGUAAAGAAGGCCCGAAGCGAGAAAAAGCCCGCCAAGAGAAGCGCCAAGAAGCCGGGCAAGGUGGAGGCCAUCGUUGACAUCUGCGGGGACGAACCUGUCGAGACUCUUAUUAUUGACUCGGAUGAUGAUGAGUUGCCGCUAACUCAAAGCCUCCGAAGCUUGAGUAUUCAUGAUCGUCAGCUCGUGAUCCCGCAAUUGAUAAUCAUCGACUUCAUGUGCCGACGGUCAAAAUUAAUGAAGAUUGCCUUGGAAAACGCCCACCUAAAUGGUCUUAACAAUCUUCCCCUAAUGGGCAAAGAAGCGUUCACUAAAGUCCAGAAGUACGAAGAUGUAAUCAGUGCUCGCACUAUCGAUUUGACUAUGGACUACUCGGCUGGUCCAGCAAUCCUUGAUAAUGAGGAGCACGUCGAAAUCAUCGAUAACCGCCCAGUAGUCCCCGUCGACUAUCCCGCCGUCGUCGACUAUCCCACUCCAGCCCUGAUGCCAGUUAUGGCCCCUAUUCCGCCAAAUGAAUGUGGGGAAGUAUCAAAUCUUCAAUUCCCUAAAAAGAUUUGGUACAUCGUAAACAACCCAUUCUAUCACUGCAUGUUCUGGUCGGGACGAGGGUGCGAUGCUGAUGUACGUGCCGAAAACGGCCACGGAGAUGCACCAGGCUCCACAACAUUUGUGAUCAACAAAAAAUGGGUCCUCCAGCCUGGACAGGUUCUGGAUGUCAACAACCAGACCCUCUUCACGACAUCAAACUAUCAAAGUUUGAUCCGUCAGUUGAAUCUCUAUGGAUUCAGAAAAGUCAAGCGAUCCGCUGAGGAUCAUACCUAUGCGCAAUUUCGGCGCAACAUUUCAAGGAUCGUUGAUCCCCUGACUUCGAGGCCAUCCCAAAGUGGUGAAUUUGAUGAAUUCCGCCACACCUUUUUCCGUGAAAAUCGCGAACAUAAGGUUAAGUUCAUCAAGCGACAGAAGCCCUUCAAGCCAACCAAGUCCGUUUGCGACCCACCAGUAUUUACGAAGGGCUUCUCUCAUAGCGCCGAGCCCGUUCGACGAUCUUUGGCCCCGAUUCCGAUCUCGGAUAAAGAUUCCGAAUGUGAGUCCGACACCUAUUCCGACGACUACCAAUUUGCCGACGAUGAGGUCAUCGAUUUGGCUCGAAUGGCCAUGUCCGGCGAAACGGUUUACAAUCCACUCGGCGACGGAAACUUCGAAGAGACGGAUGAUGACAAUGGUGAUGACCCCGAAGCUGCGUUCGGCCCAAAAGGAGCUUCAUCUUAA